GAAUUAAUAAUUCUACGUUCCCACACCUUGCUGAAUCUGCGACGAGACCGAGAGUGCAUUUGUUUGUGCGAGAUAUUCGGAUACAUUUUCCGAGAAUUCGAACCCGUGUCAGUUCGAGAUCUGCAGCUUCAACCAGAGGCUGUAUAGAGUUCCGUUGCACGCGACAGAGCGCCUGUCACGUGUUCUCUGACACUCUACGAGGUGCACUGCCUCCGUCGGCUCCGACCCCGGAGACGAGUUACAUUUUUCAGGACUUCCCGUCCUUGCGAAAGUCUGCUCUGCCUGUGCGCGAGCGUUUUAUUCGGCUCGAGCUGCGAGACGCCGUAGCGCAGCCGCCGCCUGCCCCCUAGACCCGAGACAGCCCACAGCGGCCCGACGAUCAGACAGAAGUGUGUGCUUUCCUGUCUUGGCGCGUUGACUGUCGACGAAACGAGAGCGUUGCUCGUGCGUCGAUGUUUUUUUUGUCGACCUCCGUAAUUCCCGGUGCCGCCGUUUUCAGCGUGCGUUUUGCGCGGAACCCCACGCCUUGUCUUUUACCCCGCAACAGCUUACCUGUGCAUCUCCGGCACACGGCUUUAACGCCCCGAUUCCUCGAACACUCGAACUUAGCCUUCGGUUUUUUCCGCCGGUCGAUUUCGACAGGCUGCUCGCGAACGCUUCGAAUCAAGUCCACUCCGGUUGGUGUGCUUUUCUCUGCCAAAAUGGCGUCAAGAACCCCGUUCCAGGACGCAGCCCUCUCGAUCGUGAAGGGAGCGGCUUGCAUUGCCCUCAGUCUGAAGACUGCCCGCACGACGCAGAACGUCAAAUUUUCUAAAGACAACCGAUGCUCCAUCACCCUUGGCCCCAUCGAGGUUGAGCCGACUGCUGCCGAGGAGGCUCUCCUGAAAACACUGACCAAGCAAAAGAUUGAGGAAAACUGCCCCUUCCGCGUGUUCACCAUCCCUCGCGAUCUGGCGACUCGCAUGUACCAGGAGUCUUACCUCGACGAGUUCGGAAUUCCCGCCAAUGUGAAGGAAGUCCGCCUCGUCGUCCUGCCGGAAUGGAAUAUCAACGCGAACAUGUACCCCGUCCUGAAGUCUACAGGACAAAUCGCGGACAUCCAGUUUGAGUCAGUGAAGUUCAAUGAGGAGAAGAAACAGCUUUGCCUGUCGCUUCACGUCGUCCCAGGACCCGAUGAACAGUCCCCGGCUCUCGCUGAGGAGGAGAAGCUCGGUCCUGAGGAGAUCCCCUCUCGCGCUCAGGUGCUUCCGCCGUCUGGCGUUGAAGGCGACGACUUUGGCGAGGGCGAUGACGACCAGACCAUCACCCCGUGGGACGUGCAGGCGGCCGAGGGAGGCAUCGACUACAACAAGCUUCUGAGGAAGUUUGGCUGCUCUUCCAUCACACCCGAGCUCAUUUCUCGCAUUGAGGCUUUGACCGGGAAGCGCGCUCAUCACCUCCUCCGUCGUGGAAUCUUCUUCUCGCAUCGAGACUUGAACUUGCUCUUGGAUUCCCUGGAAAAGAGACAGGCGAGGCUCGCAAGCGGCAAACGCGAGGACGGCCCAGGUUCGGAAGGCCUGUCCGGCCCAGGCUUCUACCUGUACACUGGACGAGGUCCUUCUUCCGAGGCUCUCCACAUUGGACAUCUCGUUCCGUUCAUGUUCACCAAAUACCUGCAGGACGUAUUCGAUGUUCCUCUCGUCAUCCAGUUGACCGAUGAUGAGAAGUUCCUCUUCAAGGACUCCUUGACUUUGGAGGAGACUCACCGUCUUGCGUUCGAGAACGCGAAGGACAUCAUUGCUUGCGGCUUCGACCCUGACAAGACCUUCAUCUUCUCCGAUCUGUCGUACAUCCAGCACUUGUACCCCGUCAUCUUGGAGAUUCAGAAGAAGGUUACGUACAACCAGGUCCGUGGUCUCUUUGGGUUCGUCGAGAGCGACAACGUCGGCAAGUCUGCGUUCCCUGCAGUUCAGGCUGCGCCGUCGUUCCCGACAGCCUUCCCGAUGAUCUUUGGCGGCAAGAAGGACGUCCGUUGCCUCAUCCCUCAGGCAAUCGACCAGGAUCCGUACUUCCGUAUGACCCGCGAUGUCGCGCCGCGUUUGGGUCUGUUGAAACCUGCGCUUAUUCACUCGCGUUUCAUCCCCGCGCUGCAGGGAUUCAAGACGAAGAUGUCCGGAUCCGUCGAGACCUCGUCCAUUUACGUUUCCGACACCCCUGAACAGAUCAAGAACAAGAUCAACAAGUAUGCCUUCUCUGGCGGCCAGCCAACUGAGGCGGAGCAGAGAGUGAAGGGUGCGGACCUCGACAUCGAUAUUCCGUUCCAGUACCUCACCUUCAUUCUCAAUGACGACGAUCAACUCAAGGAAAUCGGUGAAAAAUACCAAAAGGGCGAAAUGCUUACCGGCGAGGUCAAGGCCAUCUUGAUCAAGGAGUUGCAGGCUCUCGUCCUCGGUCACCAGGAACGCCGCGCGAAGGUCACUGAUGACAUGGUCCGCCAAUUCAUGGAUCCCUUCCGUCCGUGCUUCAAGAAGUAUGCACAAUAGAGAGGCGUCCUCUCUUCUUCGUCCGUUUUCCUAUCCUCUUGGUUCCCUCGACAAAGCAAGAGCGUGAAUCGACUUUUCACGGCGCAAGGCAAAGUGCUCAAGAGGAAUGUACAUGAUAUCUCAGAGCGGAAGUGCAAGAGCGACUUCUUGUGUCUUCUGUUUUUAUCUGCCGAAGUGAUGUGAUGCUCCCACGCCGGUCUUUUCCGUCUGCAUGCGUCCGCGCGCGCUCACACAUGCACGGGCACUGUGCUGCACACGCGCCUGUUCGCAUGCAAGUGUGAUUCCUAUUUAUAUAUAUAUAUAUAUACAUACAAAUAUAAAUAUAUAUAUAUAUAUAUAUAUAUAUAUAUGGAUUCUCGUGCAUGUGUGGUGUUGUGCGGGGUAUGUUGGGGGAAGGAUCGGAUUUGCGUGGAGGUGAGAAGGUGCGACGGCGCCUCGUUUUUUCGAGUCCUCUGUGCGGUCGUGAAUGGAAUCUCGCCGCAGAUCGUGUAUCGAGAAAAAGAUUUCAGACCUGUCUGAUUCGAGCGUACGUACGACCGAUGCCGUGUUGGCAUGUUUGUGAUUUCACCCUUCCAAAGAACGCCGUGUGGACGAAUCAUGUUUACCCGAUGAUCUGUGAUGUGCAUGGAAGCGUUCCUUUGUGUUGUGCGCGGGAGAAGAUUCGAUGCGUUGCUCGUUGAGUUGUGAGGCCUCCGAGAGUACAGGGCGGCCGCAGAGAUUGUACAAACAAGGUCACGGCAUUUUAUUGCUGUCACCCGUUUUCCGCCGUGACACCCACUUAUUGGAUUCUGCUUGCGGAGCGGGGCGCCUUUUUCGGACUUUGUCCGGAGAGUCGCGCCGUUCCCGACAGCGGCUCCUUCGCACGGGUAUCGCUUGAAUGCACGUCUGCGUGUGCAUGUGUAGUAUACAUACACCCGAGGUUUCACCCUGGGUUUGUACGACAGAGUGUUGCUUGUAGAGUUAGUGAGCACGUGACUUUGACUUUCAUAUUGGCCUGCCAGCGCGCGGCUAUCAGCGAUCGCUUCGCGCAGUUUUAUUGGAUGUGUGAUAACGGAAAUGUCUUGUCUCCACCACGCGUGUCUCUCCUGCGUCCGGUGCACAUACUCUGCGGCAGAUGUAUCUACAUCUAGUGUCAUCUACGUUUAUCGAUUUGUAGGUGCAGGUGCUGUGACGUGACCAGGUUGGGAAAGCUUUCUGUGAGCGUGUGCUGUGGAAAAAACCUUUAUUUUUCAGACACUGACCCGGGGGGACACCCCCCAACAUGAAUAACCUAGAAGAGACGAACCAAAACACUCAAGGCAGCAGCCUUUCCUCCUUGAACUCUACACGCGCAUAGAGAGGGUCGUGCGUUCUGAAUCGAGCCGAGCACUCGGGGAACGCCCGCUGUGGUCGGGGGUACGUUUCAUCAAGACU